GGAGAGUGAACAAGACCAUGCUCGUGAGUUGACUCGCUGUUGUGACGUUGUGACAUGACACGGUGACAGCACCUAAACCUAGUUUUAUUUGUUUUGUCCAGAGGUCACUUUGAGUUUUGGAUAAUCAUUUAUCACUGAAUUCCAACUUACUGACACAAUCACAGAAUCCCAUUCUGUAGGAUCCCGAGUCAUGGCACAAGCAGCGAGGGGUGAACAGAAGAGUGGAUGGAAGAACAAGGCCAAACCUCAUGAUUCCCAUGAAGUCCAGCUGUCCAAGUGUCUGUCGUGGGUGUUGAGACAUGGCGUGAACUCUGUUGGCCUCACAUUCCUGCCAGGUGGCUUUCUGUAUGUAUCGGACGUGCUCAAACUUCCCCGGUUUUCUAAGUUCACACUAGAGGAAGUGCGGAGUGUGGUUGCUAACAACGACAAACAGAGAUUUACUCUGGAAACUGACCCAGAUAAUGGACAGUUAAAGAUACGUGCCAAUCAGGGACACUCCGUUCAAGUUGAGGAUCUCCAGCUGACACCCCUCACAGACAGCACUGAGUACCCACUGAUCAUCCACGGGACCUACCUACAGGCCUGGAGGAGCAUUAAGUCCCAGGGAUUAAGAAAGAUGAAGAGGAAUCAUAUUCACUUUGCUGUUGGGGAGCCAGGGGAAGAUGGAGUCGUCAGUGGAAUGCGGAAAUCCUGUGAUGUGAUGAUCUAUGUUGAUGUAGCGAAGGCUCUGGCAGCUGGUGUCAAGUUUUUCAAGUCUGCAAACAAUGUGAUAUUGAGUCCGGGGACAGAUGAUGGAGUUAUCCCCCCUUGUUUCUUCAGCCAAGUCAUAGACAGAAGUACAGGAGCUGAGUUGCCUCUUGGAGACGAUGCUGACCCAGGUGCACACAGUGGCAAGGUUGGCGCUGUCACUGCAGAUGAUGUUGCUGAUGAAAUGGAGAUGUCUCGCAAACAGAGGAGGAAGAAAAAGAAGCACAAGAAGAGUGAAACAGACUGAAAUAAACAACUACAUCCCACCUAGUUACUACCAGUUUAUAUGACUCAGUGUUCCCGUUUACCGGUAAUUACCAGUUUUUUACCGGUAAAAUUAGGCUUGGACCGGUUAUUCAGGUGACUGCCAGUCCCUCUGGACCGGCAAAUAAAGUCAUAUAAAUCUUUGUUGUUGAACAAAACAUUGGCGAUAUUCAUAUAAGUAAAUUUUUUCGAACGAAGUCAGCUUGUCUGUUACCAUCAAGGUUUCCCCUUGUCUUUUUUCAUUGCAAGGAAAUAACAUUUUCCUUUGCUUCGAGGUUAAAUAUCCAUUUGUAGUAACUUUGUCACGAAAUAUUUUUAAAAAAGGAGAAAAUUGUGACUGAAGUUAGUGUGAAUGAUGUAUAGAUCUAAAUAAGUUACUUCAGAGAUGACGUCUUUGCACUGAACAGGAUGUUGAAAGAAUCAAAACCAGGUAAUUUUCAUACAUUUUUUAAUUUGUUGAAAAUUGGGACUGGCAAAAAUUAGGGGGAGACUGGUAAUUAUUAGAGCUGUCAGUCCACUAGAACUGUCAGUUUCAAAAGCCAGCGGAAACACAGUGACUACACGGUGCCUACCAUGGAUAAUGUUUUCUCAGGAAUCUAAUAAAAUGGAAACUUUAAACCAUGAAUAUUUUUAUGGUCACAUGUUAUUGUUUUCAUCCAUCAGAAAAUUGUUUUUGUGUGAAUACAAAGACGUAAGUUAUUCAACCAGCGAAGCUACAGUUUGAAUAUGCAAUAAAUCUUGUUAUCUCAUGGUAUAUAAGUUCUGAUUUUGGUUUUUUUCUGUCUUAUUUUUAGAUCAUUUGUUAUGUUGCCAUAGUUAUGGCAUUAUGUGGAAUGUUAUUUAUGUUCACACAACAAUAUAUUUUCUUUAAUAAAAUCCUUUUAAUUCUU